AUGGGCGAUCAAAGGGCACUUUUGGCAGCCAAGUAUGGGGACCUGACCACUUUAAAACAGCUCUUUGAGGAUGGCGUCCUGAACCAGGCCGUAACGGACUCCCUGGGGGCUGGCCUGGUGCACCACGCCUCCAGAGCGGGUCAGCUGGAGUGCCUGAAGUUCCUGGUGGAGCGCGUCAGGCUUCCAGGGAAUCAGCGGGCUAACAACGGAGCGACUCCGGUGCACGAUGCAGCCGCCAUGGGCCACCUGGCUGAGCUGCACUGGCUCAUCCGAGAAGGGGGCUACCGUGCCCAGGAACAAGAUGCGUCAGGGGUCUCCCCACUGCACCUUGCUGCUCGCUUUGGGCACCCCGUGUUGGUGGAGUGGCUACUGCAGGAGGGUUGUGAUGUCUCCCUGGAAACCCUGGAGGGAGCCCUUCCUAUACACUAUGCCUCGGUCAAAGGGAACCUGACCUGCCUGAAGCUGCUGGUCGCUUCUGACAAUCGGUGUGUGAACAGGCAGACCCAGAGUGGAGCCUCCCCUCUCUACCUGGCGUGCCAGGAAGGCCACUUACACAUCGUCCAGUUCCUAGUGAAGGACUGUGGGGCUGAUGUGCACUUGAGGGCCCACGAUGGCAUGACGGUGCUUCAUGCGGCUGCCCGCAGUGGCCACUACUCCCUCGUGGUCUGGUUGGUCACAUUCACAGACAUCGGCCUGAUGGCUCGAGAUGACGAGGGAGCUACGGUGCUCCAUUUUGCAGCAAGAGGGGGUCAUGCGCCCAUUCUGGAUCGGCUGCUUCUGAUGGGCGCUCAGAUCAUCCGAGAUCACUGGGGAGGGACCCCUCUCCAUGAUGCAGCAGAGAAUGGGCACCUGGAGUGUUGUCAGACCUUGAUAUCUCACCGGGUGGAUCCGGCCCUUCAGGAUGGCGAUGGCUACACCGCACUGGACUUGGCUGUUUAUAACGGACAUCAUGACUGCUCUCGGUACCUGCUAGAGGUGCAGAAUCUGGUUGUCACGAUAUACAAUGAGGAUAAAGCCCCCAAGCAGGGGAAGAAGAUGGAAGCAGAGGAUGAUGCCAAGGAUGGCCUAGCCUCACUUCCACCGGAUGAACUGAGCCCAGCAGACAUCGAUGCUCUGGUGCCCACCGAGGAUGAGAAUGGCCGCCCUAUUCCAGAAUGGAAACGGCAGGUUAUGGUGCGGAAGCUGCAGACCAGGCUGGCAACCAAAGGUCAGGGCGAGGCAGAGGAGCAGGGCGGUGGCAGAGGCUCCAUAGAGAUGGGGGACUGGAGGUUCUCCCAGAGCCACAACGCCAUCCUGGGCCCCUAUGGCGAGCUGCUGACCGAGGAUGACCUGGGGUACCUGGAAAAGCAGAUCGAGAACCUGCAGAUGAGGAAGAGGUGCCAAGAAUACGAGAGCGAGCUGGGGCGCCUGGCCCAGGAGCUCCAGAACCUCCUCCCGGCUCCCGUGGUCAACAUCACGAUCAACAGCCGCUUCCUGAGCCGCGAUCCCGAAAAGGAACAGGCUUCUCCUCCCGCGGCUGCAGAGGAAGGCCAGACUCUGCCCUACUGGUGCAGCCACAUCUCGGGCAUGGUGAAGAGCAUGGCCGUACUGCUGAAGAACAUGAACGGCUUGGCCAGGCUGAAGGAGGCCCCCGCCCCCAGGACCUCCUUCAAGGUCCGGGGGGGCGUCGUGGGCCUCUCGGGGAGCACCGCGGAAAAGGAGAUCCUGGAGUGUGGCGUAUCGGUGAGAAGCCUCCGGGAUAGCUUUGAGAAGCAGGCCACCGCAGGCCUGCCCUGUGGAGGGCGCCCCCCCCCAGAGAAGGACCCGGGGGCCUCGUGGGAAGCCGGCGCCGCCGCCAUCCCCGGGGUGCAGAGUAAUGCGCAGGCUGGCGAGAGGCAAGCCUCUGGGGACCCUGAAGAGGCCAGCGACUCGGGCAUCAGCUGCGAGGAGGCCUCCUCGGAGGCGGGCACCUGCCCCGUGCCUGUGCCCGAUUCCUCCAGCCUGAGGAAAGAACGCAUCGUCAUGCUCUUCCUGAGCCACUGGAAGAAGUCGGCCUAUAACCCCGCACUGAGGACGGCAGCCAGGCGGACCCUGGAGUCCUCUAGGGCUGGGCCUCCCCCGGCCCCCGGUCCGGCUGUCCGAACCGAGCCGCCCCCGCGUCCUGGAAAGUAUCCCCCUCAGGAGGCCAGCAGGUUCGGCCACCUGCUCCAGCAGAGGAGCAUCAUCUCCCACCUGCUGGGCAACUGGAAGGAUGUCAUCGCCCACGUGCCCACGCGGCAGAUCCGCCGCCUGAGCCGCCAGCCCGUCACCUACUCUCCAGAGAUGUUCCUGCCCCACGUGGACGGGGCCCCCGUGGACUACCACAGCCUCACCCUGGACCUCUUCAUGCUGGGCUACUUCCAGAUCCUGGAGCUGGAGCUGCCCCCCGAAGAGCGCAAGAUGCGCCACCUGCUCUGCUUCGAGGUCUUCGACCACCUGGGCGGCCACAGCUGGGAGACCGUGCGCAGCUUCCACAAAGCGGUCACCGAUGAGAUCGAGGCCGGCCGCCGGAGCUGGAAGGACGGCUUCGAAGACAUCAAAGCCCGCUUCUUCGGCAGCAGCAAGAAGCCCGUGUGGGAGGUGGAGCCGGUGCGGAAGUCGGGGCUGACGUCCAUCAAGCCGCCGCCCGGGGCCGCGGCCCAGGCUGGCCACCCGGAGCCAAAAGGCCGGAGGCCCGGCAGCUGCCCCGAACUCGGGAGCUUUAACAGCGAAGAUAUCUGUGGCUACAUCGAUAGGAGCUUUGCCUUCUGGAAGGAGAAAGAAGCAGAGAUUUUCAACUUUGGGGACUGAGGCCAAGCGGGGUGACCCAUGCCCCUGCCUGGGCUUGGUGUGUGUGUGUGUGUUUAAAAGUCAGCGGAUGGA